AUGCCACCUAUCCCCGUGGUAGAGCUGCCUUCAACCUUGGACGAUGUGGAUGCAGAUCUGGUAGAACUCAAUUCCCAGGUCCCAAUUCCCAGCCAACCAUUCAUCAUCACCCCACGAGAUCACUAUGGUCUCUAUCGCCGAUAUGUGCAUUCCCCACCAUCAUUCAGCCCUGAUAAUCUUACAUCUGUGGCACAUUUUGCUGAUUCACCGACAUUCAUCAAGAGUCAAGACGACCUUAGGGCUCGACCUUGGUGGUCAGGAUUCGGCGGAUCCAUACAGUCUGCUCAGACCCAUUACUUCACUCCAUUCCUCAAUGCAACGACAUUUCGUCUUAUGCAUUGGUUUUACAGCGGCUCCGUUACAAAAUCUUUGCUUGAGUUGGAUCGCCUUGUACAGGAAGUCCUUCUGGCAGAGGACUUCGACCAAGCCCAUCUGAAAGAGUUUCGUGCCUUGAAGGAAAAUCAUCGCCUGGACAGCUAUCAGGACGCCUCUGAAGACAUUCAUUCAUCAUUUUCUGCUUCAGAUGGCUGGAUGGAAACCAGUGUGAAGAUCCAUAUUCCAGCCGAUGGAGUCCAACAUGCAUCUGAGGACACAGCUCCAGAGUUCGAUAUUCCUGGCCUAUUCUAUCGACGGCCUCUCGAAGUCAUUAAAGCGGCAUUUCGUGAAUCAGCUGCCGAACAGUUCCAUCUCACCCCAUUCGAAACAUUUUAUCAGCCCUCUGAUGAUGUCCCUGCAGAAAAGACCUACGGAGAAGUCUAUAGUUCACCUGCAAUGCUCGAUGAACACGAGAAAAUCUGUUCACAACCCCGAGAGGGCAACUGCACCCUUGAGACUGUAGUUGCAGCGGUGAUGCUCUGGUCCGACUCAACUCAUCUAGCAAGCUUUGGAACCGCUUCCCUGUGGCCUAUUUAUAUGUUCCUGGGGAAUCAAUCAAAGUAUGCGCGAGCUAAGCCAACAGCAUUCGCAGCCCACCAUCUAGCUUAUAUUCCCAAGGCAUGUGCUCAAUCCUUACUUUAA